AUGAGACUACCACUGAUCGCUCCGGGACGCGAUACCUUCUCCAUCCUCCUCACGACCGAUAACCAUGUGGGAGCGUAUGAGGACGAUCCCAUCCGUGGCGACGACGGCUGGAAAACCUGGCACGAAAUCACCAGCAUCGCCGCCGACCGCGACGUCGACAUGAUCGUCCAGGGUGGCGACUUAUUCCACAUCAACAAACCGUCGAAGAAGUCAAUGUAUCAGGUGAUGAAGCUGAUACGGGCUAAUUGCUUUGGUGAUCGACCAGUGGAGAUGGAAUUGCUCCUGGAUCCCAGUGGAAACUUCACUCACGGUUUCAAUUUUGUCAACUACGAAGACCCUAAUUUGAACGUGCUGGUGCCGAUAUUCAGUAUUAGUGGUAACCAUGAUGAUGCCACCGGUGACGGGUUAUUGUCUCCCAUUGAUAUCUUAGCGAUUCUGGGGAUGGUGAACCAUUUUGGUAAAGUUGAGAAUAAUGAGGAUAUCGAGGUGCUGCCAAUCUUGCUUCGCAAAGGCACCACUCAGUUAGCGCUUUACGGGCUUCAGAAUGUUCGUGACGAGCGGUUACAUCGCAGUUUCCGUGACGGUAAGGUCAAAUUCCUCCGUCCUACCGUCGAUACUAACCUGUGGUUUAAUCUCUUUUGCAUCCACCAAAACCACGCCCAACACCUGAUUACCCUGCAUAUCCCCGAACUGUUUCUCCCCACAUUUCUCGACUUUAUUCUUUGGGGUCACGAACACGAGUGUAUCGUCGAUCCCAUGCCUAACGCUGCCAUGGAGUUUGAUGUGCUCCAAGCGGGGCUGCUGAUGGCGACGCUGUUGGCUGACGGCGAGCUUGCGGCGAAACACGUGUUCAUUCUUAAUAUUAAGGGGAAAGAUUAUUCGCUUGAGGCGAUCCCUCUUACUAGCGUGCGUCCUUUCAUUCUUAAGCAUAUUACUUUGGAAGACCUGCCAGUGGAACCAGGACCUUCAUCGCGAGCGAGCGUGGUGAAAUAUUUGACGGAACAAGUGGAGGAAGCGAUUGCUGAGGCUAAUAAUGAGUACUUGAGGCGACAGCACUCGGUGGGUGUAAAUGUCGACCCGCCGCUUCCUUUGAUUCGUCUUAAAGUGGAAUACUCUGGUGGCUACGAAAUUGAAAAUACUCGACGGUUUCUGAACCGUUUUGUGGGUAAAGUCGCUAAUGUUAAUGACAUCAUCCAUUUUUAUAAGAAGCGACAAGUAUUGGAAAAAGUCGAUAAACCAGAAGCGGUGGCCAAAGUGAUACCCGAACGGCCUGAAAUUAAACUUGAUGACAUUCUCCACCAAAUGCUUGGGGAGACAAAGCUUACGCUUCUUCCAGAAAACGGGAUGGACUUUGCCGUCAAGAAGUACUUGGAAACUGAGGAUAAACACGUGCUUGAAGGGUAUAUCAAUCAAGAGAUUAUCCAAGAACUGCAGCUGUUACUCGGUGUGGAAAUCGAUACUGAUGAGUUUCAUCGUGAUGAUAAUCACUCUCGCAAAGUAUUGAAACAAGUUCUUGAACAGCUUAAACGAGAACAGGCUAGGGCUCCCCCACCGACGUUAGACUUUAAAGCUGAUGCUAAGUCUCUGAAGAAACUGGCGGCGGCUAAGGGUAAAGCUGCUGCUGCUAAACUGAAGAAUACUAAAUCUUCGAGAGCCAAACCGGCUAAGAGCAAGGAGUUUAUCGUAAGUGAUGAUGAAGAGGAUGAAGAGAGAGAUGAAGGCGAAGAGGAAGAUGAAGAUGAUGUGAUGAUUAUUAGUGAUUCUGAUAAUGAGGCACCCCCAAAAAAGCCGACUCGUCGUAAACGUACUAAAUAG